UUUAUUAUUCUUUGCCAUCGCAUAGAUUUAUUGGUAAAAGUUUUCAGGUAAAAAAGCGUUUUUUUUCUUAAUUCUGCUAAGUUAUGCGCGAGGUUAUUGAUUUCAUUACUGGGACUAAAGAGUAUUCUUUGAUUAGAUUUUCUUUGUAAUAGAUACACUAUGUGGUUUAUUUUAAUAUUGUGCACAAUAAUGAUUAUCACAAUAUAAUUAGUGCAAUCAUUAUUUUUUGUAAUUCUCUUUUUAGACUGUUUUUUUCAUUAAAGAAUAAUCUUAUAUUUACACAAAAAAGAAUAGCUUUGUUUAAAAAAAACCUGAAAAUUUACUUGGAUAUAGAUCUGAAAAUUUUGUUAGAUUAUUAAAAAAUAUAUACAAAGUGCUUAAACUGGUUCCUAAAAUAUUCGAAAAUUUUUACAGCAUUGCUUAUCACGCUUAAACUUUCUUUUUCAAUUAUUUUAAUAGCCCAACAUAAUUAUUUUCAGAUCUAGCUGAAUAGCUAAAUUUUUAGAUAGUUUAACAAAGCCAUUCUUCCCUAUAACAUAUAAUAAUCACGUUAUCGAGGAUAUAACAGACUUCGAUAAAGCGACUACGAAUUUCACGAUUACAGGACCGCGCCGAAUAUACGACGUACUUUGCAUCGAUAUGUAUAACAUCACGAAUCCGUAACAGUAUUGCUUAAGUUCGAUCGAUGAAAGCCCGUAAGAAAGUCUAUUGUAAUUCGUGGAUGGUCGCGACCCGAUUGUAUUUAUACAUGUGCUGGUAUGGUCGUAGACUUAGUCGGCGCGGACUUGUCUUCAAACAAAUUAGUUCCUUGAGUCGCUCAGUCUAAAUUCAAUGUCGAGACUACUUGGGAAAUAGCAACAGUUUCUUGUUAACUGCCAAGAAAAGAUAAUUAGAUUGCCUUAGUGCAGUGUAAAGUGCGAGAAGGAUUAUACAAACUUGAAAAUGCGGCUGUUUCUGGUCAUCUAUGUUCUUGUACUGGUGUCUUCACUGACCCAAGCUAAGCGGAAAGCCGAAGUGCAAAAGUCAGAAGUCACGAAGCUGGAAGUGGCGAGCCUCGGUGAGGUUGUUAAAUCCGAUUUCAAGAAAUCCGAUAUUCAACGCAAACGAGAUUCCGGAUAUAUCUAUAACAGGCCGAAUCGUGUUUCUUCGAGCUCUCGGUUUCGCAUUCAAGCGCAUCCAUCCAGAGAUCAAAUCCCAUUCAAAGUCCAGUUAAGUAGACCGUUUACGAAAUACGGACCGCCAACUCACUCAACUUCUGGUCCGGCCACACACGGACAUCAUGCUCAGCAUCAUCGAAACAAGUUUCAGUACUCCGAUGUCAAUCAACAGCAAUCGAUCAGCAAUUUCGGUGAAUCUGGAUUGACGGAACAGGGAAUACCUAGCCCGAUUAAAAACGUCGAUUUUGCGGAGGAAAAUCCAAUCGCCAGUCAGAAUGACGAGCCGUUCGGCAUGCACACCGCUAAUUAUUUACCGCCGAAAAACCAGGAGCUGCCAGCUUAUUCCUCGGAUUAUUUUGAUUCACAGAGCAUUUCGGGUCAGGAACAAUUUCACGGUACGGGGUCGCAGAGCCAAAACUUCGUGCAGACUCAGAGCCAUCAAAUUUCCGACGCCGCGCUCUUCCUGUCCGAGAACGCGCAGGCGAUCCAGCAACUUUACGGCGCACCCGCGAGCAAUCAGGACUUCGCGCCCAGCUACGAUCAGUUUCAGAAUGUCGGGAACCAGAUUCAUAAUUCGAAUGGUCGAUUCGAAAGUACCUCGCAGAAUCCUGAUGGAUUCCGUGGCUCGUUACCGUCAUACGCGUCGGGAACGCUCGACCCUCGACAGACUCUGGAUCAAAUUCAGUCUCUAGAAAAAGAUCGACUGAUCGUUCAGUUGCAGCAGGCUCUCGCCCAGGCUCGGACUAACCCGAGCACGAACGCGGCAGAGAGAUACGCUGAGAAUCAAGCAGGUUUCACUCAGAAUCAGGAACUUCUGGCCUCUAUAAGCCAGCAACUCGUGAACUCACGUGUACCCACGACUACACAACCUUCGGCCUUUGGCUCUGGAAACAUCGCGUUCAGCCAGUCUGCCUUCCUACCAGGGACCACGAUAAAUCCCUUGGGGUUUCCCGUUAACUACGGUGUUCCGACCACCACGCAAACUCCGACUACAACGACUGCGGUAGCAGCAACGGGAGUUUUCACCACGCAAUCCCCAUUGCAACCGUCUAAGGACGACGGUGGUACUGCCCAAGUAGCGUCGUUGCAACCCGCUUCUAACCAGCCUGGUUCCUCUGCGACUGGAUCUCCCGCGGGAAUCCCGGUCUACGGUGGAUUUGUGCCGACCUUCAUCACUGGGACAAACUUCAUACCCAGCUACAGUACCAGCAUCUUUACUUCCGGACCUGUCAGACCCGUGCAAUCCUCUGAGACGUCGCCCACUCAUUUCGGGAUACCGAUUCCCACGGAACCGCCGCAGAAACCGGCGUCGGGAUUUGCGCCCUCGACCCCAACAACAACGACACCGCCUCUCUCGUCUCCCGUGUCUCCAGCUAAUCGGCCGGGGAUCGCUUUGACACCGGCAAUCACACCGGUGGCCCUACCAAUUCAACCGAUACGACCUGUUGCUCCCCUCGCGACGCCGAUCGCCGCUCCCCUGCUACCGGUGACUCCCACCCAGGUGCAUCCAGCGCAGACUGUUCCGGCCGUAACGUCCACCGUGCAACAUACCUAUGGCGUGCAGCCCGCACCUAUCAAUUCCAUUCUCUAUAAACCAGUCAAAACGGUCUAUCCGGUGUAUUACUAUCCCGUGAAUAUCGCCUACCAGCUGCAGAAGCCUGUUCCGCCGAGUUACCCAUGGAAUUACGCGCCUUCAUACGCGACGCAGACGGGACAGACGAAAAUAUGGAAAUGAAAUAUUCUCGUUUCACUCGUUUCACGAACGGGUCGCAAGGCGAUUACAUGAUGUCUGACUGUUUACCCGUGUGGAAAAGAGAGGAAGAGAUUGAAGAAGAAAGUACGCGGCGAAGGAGAGUCAUCGCUGUCGCGUGUUCAUGAUGUGCUAAUGAAAUCGCGCUACACUUUUUCCCGUAAAUUUCGUUUUCUUCUUUCAAUAAGAGAGAUUUAGGCUGACGAAACAAUUGCUUUCUGCAAAUCAAUCGUGAUAUGAAAUUUUAUUUGUAUCUUGACUUGGAAUGACUUUGAAUUUUACAUUGAAUUGUUAUAAAAAUUGUAUAAUUUAAGUUUAUAGAUCAUGUUUAUUUAUUAGAAUUUUAGAUGCUGGUGGACUAUUUAUUCCUGUUCAAACAAUCCAGGAAAAUUAGAAUGAAAUUGAGAAGUUUUAAUUUUAAUAGAUAUAUAGAUAAUAUAUUUCAAUAUUCAAAAUCUCUUUACAAUUUUAUGAAUAAUUUAUAUAAUUUUAAUAGGUUGAAACUUACAUUCUAUGCCGAUAUUAUAAAUUUUAGAAAAUAAGGAUACUACUUUUCUCCUUUUCUAGUUUGUCAUCCUGCGUUUAAUAUACUCAGCUUAAGUUUCUUAUUAUUGAAGAGUAACUACAAUAAUUGCUCAAUACACGCCUCCGCUGUACCAUCUGUCAUUACAUAUCCGCUGAUUUCGAAAUUCAUCGUCGAGAAAGUGACAUUAUGCAGGUGAUAAUUAGCACAGUUGCCUCACUGGAAUUAGGAUACCGUGGCAAGAGUGUCAAGCGAAUGUUUCUAGGCGUCACUUGUCAUUUCUAAUGGCCGAUCACGCUUAAAAGAAACUUCAUGAACCAUUCAUACGAACGUAACGUUUAUAGAGUAGGGAAAUUCGUUGGAAAUUUUUGAGGAGUGUUCUUCUUACUUUUCCUUACUUUUUAAUUGCAUUAGCUAAUGUACGUGUAGUUGUGUGUGUGUGUGUGUGUGUGUGUGUGUGUGUGUGUUUUCGUGCGUAUAAUUAUAUACAUAUAUGUAUAUACAUGUAUACAUAUGUAUAUAUAAUAUGUAUAUAAUAAAUUUUUUAUUGAUUUAAUGAUAAUAGUAUAAAUAAUGAAUUGCGAAAUUUCGCGUGUGCCUCUUCUACUAUCUCCGAAACAAAUUUAUCCUCAAGUAUAUGUAAAUACAUGUUCUAUUUAUUUUGUCAAAUAAAUAUUUUUUUACUUCGAAAGAUGAUACUUUAUGUUUCCCGUUUUUUUUUUAAGUUAAUAAUUAAACGUGAAGUACAGAAUGACUAAAAUUUGGUAUGCAUGAAUAGUGAAUAUUAAAAAAGCAUGUAACACGGCUAAAUGUGAGCGUCUAAGACGCACACAUAACGUUAAUCUAAUUGCAUGCAGACCGCAGAAUGCAGCAUGUGGCGCAUCUUAUAUUAUCGCGAUGGAAAGCUGAAUCAAGGAAAUGAAUUACUGUCACUUCCGGUCUGUCCGAAUAGACCUACGUGAAGAAACUCUCACCCGUGCAGUCGUGAUCAUUGCCACGCUAUUGGAUUCUGACCUCGAAAGUCGUUCGAUAAUUCCAGUCACGGUCAACGUAGUCGGGUUAUCCAAGCAAUCCUAAGCAUGUAUAACGUAUCGUUGUCCACAGGUGUAGGAUUCCCGGGCGAUUUCGUAAUCUCUGGGACUUGUUCUUACCAGAAAAGAAGGGAAGAAUACACGCGCCUUUGCAGUCAGAUCCGAUUCAUUCACUUAGUAUCUACAAAUUAAGAUCUUCAGAUAAUUGAACAGGGACACUUUGUAUUCAUUUAACAACUUGUUAACAUUUAUUAAUUCUUUGUGAUUAUUUGCGCUUCUCUUUAUUGUUGAAGUCAGCAGCUCUGUUUCUCUGACCGCUAAAAUUUUUAAAAACCAGAAUAAGAAUAUGAAAAUGUAUUACUUUUCAUUGUUGGCGAACAUAUAUUUUGGGGAAGAAGACAAUUAAAUUUAUGGAUUUCAGAAAAUUAAAAUUUUAGUGCAUGUACAAAAAUUGAAGUCAAGUAGUUUUUAAGAAAUAAUGUUAGUCAACUUAAAAAUUGUAUCUGCUUUUAAACUUACGU